GCCGCGGGCCCCUCGGCCGGCGGGCGCUGCGCUCUCCUCCGCGCUUCGCGCAGCGCGGACCCCAGGCCUUGCUGCGGCGGCCCCCGAGACGUCUGUUCCGUGGAGGAGCCCCAGGGGAAGCAGGCAGCUGGGGAAGCCGCGGAGGUGGCCCCGUACGCCGGGGACUCGGAUCGGCGCGGCGGCCGCGAAGUUAGGUGUGGGGCGCUGAGUGAGCGAGUUGGGGUCCCAGUCGGGUCAGCCAGGCCCCGAGUCCGCAUCGCAGCAGAUCAGAAGAGGGGAGACCGAGCCGGGAGUCAUGGCCACACCGUUCCUCACCGCGGAGGCCGUCACGGAUCACAGUGGUGGAGAGCUGACCUCCGGGGAUGACUCUGGCGACGCGGAAUCGCCCCAGACCCCCAAGACCGAGGCGUCCGGGAGCCUGACGGAGCUGUUUGAGAAGGCGGCCGCACACCUCCAAGGCCUGAUUCAGGUGGCCAGCAGGGAGCAGCUGCUGUACCUGUACGCCAGGUACAAGCAGGUCAGAGUUGGAAAUUGCAAUACUCCUAAACCAAGCUUCUUUGAUUUUGAAGGAAAGCAAAAAUGGGAAGCAUGGAAAGCACUUGGUGAUUCAAGCCCCACCCAAGCAAUGCAAGAAUAUAUCGCAGUAGUUAAAAAAUUAGACCCAGGUUGGAAUCCUCAGACAUCAGAGAAAAAAGGAAAAGAAGCAAAAAGUGGUUUUGGUGGGCCAGUUGUUAGUUCUCUAUAUCAUGAAGAAAUCAUCAGGGAAGAAGACAAAGACAUAUUUGAUUACUGCAGGGAAAACAACAUUGACCAUAUAACCAAAGCCAUUCAAUCAAAAAGUGUGGAUGUGAAUAUGAAAGAUGAAGAGGGCAGAGCUCUACUCCAUUGGGCAUGUGAUCGAGGACAUAAGGAACUAGUCACAGUUUUGCUACAACAUAAAGCUGAUAUUAAUUGUCAGGACAAUGAAGGUCAAACAGCUCUUCACUAUGCUGCUGCCUGUGAGUUUUUGGACAUUGUGGAGUUGCUUCUCCAGUCUGGUGCUGACCCAGCUCUCCGGGACCAAGAUGGCUGUGUGCCAGAAGAGGUGACAGGCUGCAAAGCCGUUUCUUUGGUGCUGCAGCGGCACAUAGCUAGCAAGGCUUAAUCAAAGCCCUGGGAAACCAUUCUAAUAUAGGACAGGGCUUCAAGGAUGAAAGAAAGCUGCAGAAAUAAUACUUCUUUCACCAGUCAUCUUUGGUAUGCAUUGGCUAAUAAAAUCAGUCGUGAGGAUCUGGGA